AAACUGUCAGAUAUUCCUAUUCUUGUGAGGACAUUUGACCACACCAAGACAUAAAAGCGCACACACACAUAUACACACACACACACACACACACACACACACACACACAGAGAGAGAGCCUGAGUAUCUGUUGAUGCAACAUUUGUCUGCUAGCUUGUGUUUGUGGUCACCUUUCUAUUAGACGUGUAUCACUACGUAGCGUCCACGCGGAUGUUCUAGCAUACUUAAUGUAGUGCGUCUACAGAGGGAACAUGGAAAGGUUUGGAUUUCAGCCUAAAAUGAUGUUUUUAACUCGAACUUGGACACUUGAAAACGAUGUAAGCACUAGCUGUUUGUAAACCACAGCACAGAUCUGUGAGCGACUACAUUUUUCUUUACAGUGUAAACAGAAGAAGGAGGAGCUCGUUCUGUUCCUGCACCUCGUCUGGCGUUUAAAGAGGUGAAAUAAGAGCGAAAUCUUUGCACUAGCUCCACUUUUACAGGUGUGGCACCUUUGCUCCGGGAAGGGGUCGCUCGAUUCUUCAUCGCUUCUCACGUGCAAUGCGGAUGCAUGACUCCUGGCCAUGCGACUCUGCGUCAGGAUCGUCACUCAGCAUGAACAGUGCAGGCAGCUGUGACAGCAUGAUCAGCAUCAACUCGGGCUAUAGUGACAACAGUAUGGAGCAUCUCUCUGCUGAGGAGCGCGCAUGUCUCAUGUUUCUGGAGGAAACCAUUGAGUCUCUGGAGGCGGAGGACAACAGUGGCGUGUCAAAUGGUGAACCAGACCAUCCGUCUCGCAAUCUGACAAAUAAGAUGGCUCACCUUAGCUCUAGUAGCCAAGUUAAUCGAGAGGAGCUAUCAGUCCAUGACGAUCCCAAUAAAGUUUUGGGGAAAGACCAUAAACCCCACAAAUUGCUUGUUCCAACUCCACUAGUUUUAGCCAACGGCAAUGCCAAAUUGCUGAAAAAAACUGAUUUCUCCACUACUGAACAAAAACCAGCUGUACUGGUUAACACACCUAAAACCGCUGCAGUAAACUCUCGCCAGUCUCCAGAGUUCCUGACUUCUGCAGAUGGAACUGCUAUAUCAGCUCCAAAUCCUGGGAAACACAAACCAAAUGCUCACCCACCCAGCGAUGUGACUGACUUGCCUCCUUCUUUUAUACCUGAGCCUCCAGUCAAACCUGACUCUUCAAGUGGUGCUAUAGCCAAAGACAACGCUCCUAAGAGUAAUAUCGAUCCAAGGUCAGAUCAGAAGCACAAGAGUAUUUCAUCCGAUAUGCCAAUGGAGCUGCUUCCUCCUCCUUCAGACUUUAUGGAUGAGCCAGUACUCCCACCAGUACUUCCACCAGUACUCCCACCAGUACUCCCACCAGUACACACUCUGCCAGCAGCACAAAACCAACCCCAAACCUCAACUCAACUUUCCUCACAGCUUGCAUCCCAAUUCCCAUCACAGCCAUGUCAAAGUGAAAGCAUGCCAAUCGCCCCUCCUCCAGGUUUUGAUGGACACUUCGAAACAAACAAGCCUCUAACACCACUGUCUACAUCCUCAAGAGGACAGCUGUCGCCAAAUGACCUAGACAAGUUGCGUAAAAAAGCGUCAAUGAAGAAAGCCCCAGAAAAAGUACCAGUAGUUCCAGCAAAAUCUGGCCAUAAUGUGUCAGACCAGACAAAUUCUCCAACCUUUGGUCCAGAUACCAGUGCAUUCACUGUAGUGGAAUAUGGAGAACCUAAAAGCCCACCCAUUGUGGCACCCAAACCCAAAAAACUGCCUUCCAGCAUUGUCCUAAAAAGCCACAAAGAUGCAACACCAGGUCAUUCCCUCGUUUCACCAGGUGAUCGUAUGAUGAUAAACCAACAGAAGGUUCACCAGGAAGCUCUGAAGAAACUAGGCUUGCUGAAGAGUGGUGAGUCCGACCCAGGCCUCUGCCCCAGUCCACCACACAAGGCCUCUCCACAGACUUCCUUUAACACGAGCACUUCUGCAAUGUCACAUUCUGCAGAACCUACUGCUAAUUCUGUGCUUGUGCAUGCUGAGCACCAUGCAGUAACUGAGGCACAAGGAAAAACAGAUUUUUCAUUUUUACCCGUACACCCUGAAAAAGGAGAAAGAGAAAAUCUGUUGAUCACAAGGGCGCCAAGUCCAAAACCCUUUGAAAUGAAAUCGGCGUCCUUGGAGCGAUCGGGCGUAGGUCUGAAAAGCCUUACACUCGAGAAUCCCUCACAGUUAACAGGCCAGGAAGAGAGUCCCGGGAAUGUGGCAGUUCCGCUUGGACAUCUGCGAAAUAACCGAUCUCAACCUGCUUCUGUGGGAAGCUGGAAGGACUUCAGUAUUGACCAGAUACCUUCUGAAUCAAACAGAGAACCAGAGCUCAGGAGAUCUCUGCCCAACCCUGCUCCAUCACUGGCACAGCUGAAGGUUGAGCCCCAGAAGUCUCUUCGGUCACAUGGCAUCAGCGUGGUCAUCUCCCCACAGAGCAACAACGGCGAGGAUCGCAAGCAGGCUCUGAGGAGACUGGGACUGAUCAAAGACUAAGCUUCAAAAUGGUUUACCAACAAACGGUAUAUUGGACCUCCUGAUCAAUAUUACUUCUAAAAGCAGGAAUCCUGAUUUAGGAUCAGUGUAUAUCUUUUACUUUCUAAUCAUUAGACUGGAAUGGGGAGACUGUGGUGUAGCACUUUUACUCUAGACACAGAUUUCCAACCCUGGUCCUGGAGAACCCCCUGACCUGCUAAUCAGCUAAUUAACAUCCCUUCCUGAGUUGAAGUGGGUGUGUUACAGCAGAGAAAACACUAGAAUGUGUUAGAACAGGGAGCUCUCCAGGAUAAGGGUUGGGAGCCUGUCCUGUAAGAUGUAGUUACAAAUGGGUCUCUGUAUGUACACUGGACGUUUAAGAAAGGUGCUGUAUGAAAACAGUGCCAAGGACAUUCUUUGAAUUCUUGGACGUUCUGGACGUGCUGGAACUUUUUUUUACUUUAGUGGAUAAGUGUAAUAUUUAGCACGAAGACAUUAAUUGUUAAUGUUAAGACAUUAAUUGUGGAUAAAUUGUGAUUCUACUAGUGUGCCUGCUGCUACAUUGUUUCUAGCUGAAGGAUCUGUUUGGAUAAGUGAAGGAUAAUUACAAAUGUCUUUACUAAAAUGCUUAGUAGUAAGUGUUGCCAUUAGCAGACAGCCCUUGCAGUCAUAGCGAGCAAUUACCCUACUGUUUCUUUUUAAUUAGGGAGGUCCUCGUCAUUGAAAAUAAGUGCUAGAAUGCAUUUGACACCAAAGCUCUGUUUGAACAUUGCUUAGCAAUGAUAUUCAAACUGUUCCUAAUUGUCCUACAAACCUUGUUUCAAGUAUACAGUUAUUCUCUUUUGAACAGCACUUUAUUAUGCAUGUAUAAAAAAAACUAUUAAUACAAUCUUUAUUAAUAAACUUCUCAUUCUUGAUUGCA